UGUGAGUCUGUGUGGUAAUACGUGUUACACAUUGACUGUGAGCGGUGGUGUACGGUGCCUCUCCCUGCGCCUCGACACACCUUCCCAGCACACAUUACAAAUAAUAUUUUAUGGUUCCGAGAAACAAAUGUGACACAGAGGAACACGUUCUAUUACCCGAGGAAAUCAUAGUGUUUUGUAACUUUGCAAUUUGAAGUUACACGUGUUAGUGGUGAACGUUUGUUAAACCAAAUACGUGAAGCUGAGUUGAGAGUUUAGCACGGAUCUACAUAGUGACAAAGGCAAAUAUAAUCCUGGUGGUAAAGUUGUGCUCACGGUCUGUUCUGUGUUGUGUACCCACUGUAGUCUUAAGUUCCUCUUGCCACACAAAACUUGUCAUGCAGCAUUGCCGUGGGUAACUAGUUGGGUCGUCUUGUCUGCGGUGUGAAGGUCUUGCACAGGAAAACGGAUGUAAAGUGAUAACAGUUGUGAUUAUGAAAUGUUGGUAAUAAGAUGCAAAUAUCAGUAUAUUUUUCUGAAUAACGUAUUUGUUAUAGAAUUAUAAACUGAAUAAUUUCGUUUUGACACCGACGGAAGUUAGUAUCAUAUCACAUUGAGACAAACUGUACCUGUCACUGGACUUUCCAAGAUAAGACUCUCAGGUGCAUCCUGAAAUAUAAGCUAAGGCUUAGAAAAAAAUACCUGUUUUUAAAUUUUAGAAAGCAGUUUGUGAAAUAGUUCCUUUCUAUUUCAAAGAUACCCGAAAAUCUGUGACCAUGCUGCGGGAAAGCUCAGUAACUUACUCAAGUCUGCCUCAGGAAGAGGAAAUCAAUGCCCAAACUACUGUAGAAGACACCCGGAAAGUUGUUAAUCCACACACCAAACGAGAUUGUUGCCUCACCGCUACUAUUACAACUCUGAUCAUCAUCAGCGGCAUUUGUGUGGCAGUUAUCCUGCCAUUGGCUCUAAAACACCGGUCUGAGGCCAGAGGACGCGGGGACCUCAGUCAACAGUUGACAGCAGAACUAGUUAGUAACAACAGCAGUACACAUCAGCAAGGAUCUUCUAGUAACAUCACUGACACAAAGCAACGUGAAUCCUCAAGCAACCUCACUGACAUACAAGGAAGCUUUAAUAAAACAGAUAAUUCUGGAGUCGCCUCUCUGGGAGCAAACAAUACCAAGGAAGAUGCAGCCUCCAGUGAUAAAACAUCGAUACACAAAUCAACCGAGUCGACAACCACCACUACUACUACAACAACAACAAUUACUACGACACCAAUUACAACAACGACAACCACCACUACGGCAACCACUGCUACUACCCCCACCACAACCACUAUCCUCAUUAAGACCACAGUGCCCUCUGGGGUGUCUGACAAUCUCGCUCUGCCUCAACAAAGUGGAGGAAAAGCGUCGGAAGAGAAGCCGGGAGUCACAGGGACGAAUGCCACUAAGGAAGAUGUUCUCAAUGCUAUCUACGGGAACAACAACCUUCCUGCUAAGCCCACCACCACUAAGGGUCUAGGAGAAUGGAUGAACAAGGUGAUGGGUCGACACGACCCGGCGACGCUGGUGGUGAUAGCUGUGCUGGUCGCUGUGUCUUGCGCCGCAGUGUUGAUAGCAAUGUCUUGGCUAGUGUUCAACCGCAUCACUGCACACAGGCGGAGGAUUAACAUACAGAAUGUGAUCACCGACCUACAGUCCAGAGACAAGAUCGUCCUUCUUAACUCUGAGUCUGAGGAGGAUUAAUUAAGUCAAGACGGUGCUAGACACAAGGAGGAGAAAGAACUAAGAGAACAGUGAGGUCUAGGA